GGAAAUGAGGCAAACAUUAAGAACAAAAUUAGCAGUCAACAAAACAAUAAAUUAAAUUAUGAAAAAGAAAACAAACAGCCAAAAUUGACUAAGAAUAGUAGACUAAUAGAGUGAUUAGUGAGUACAAACAGAGUGGGAGUGACAGCUAAUUAGCUCAUAAAACGCGCACAAAGUAUACACAGAAACAUGAAAACACACCAACAAACCCAACACCACACUCCAAGAAUUUGAUCAGAAAUUGGGCCCCACUCCAGUUCUUGUCAUAAAAACAUUUGCAGUACUACUGUACAACUCCAAGCGCGGGUCUUUUUAAACCUCCCAUGUAACAUUAUCACUCCCCCCUCUUUUCUCAUUUCUCUCUCCUCUCUCUCUCUACGUUCCUCACUUUCUAGUCAGAGAAACUUUCCGACACCGGCAGCUUUUUCCGGCAACCUCGUCUUACGUUAUUACAAUGUUAGAAGCAAGAUUAGGACUUGGGAAAAUGAGGCCACCAUUACAGGGCAUUGCAAAUGAUCUUAAUGGAAGAUUGGCUUGUUAUAAGCAAGAUUGGAUUGCUGGUAUUCGAUCCGGAUUCGGGAUAUUAGCCCCAACUACAUUCAUCUUCUUUGCUUCUGCUCUUCCGGUCAUAGCUUUUGGGGAGCAACUCAGCAGAGACACAGAUGGAAGCUUGAGCACAGUUGAGACUCUAGCUUCAACAGCAAUAUGUGGGAUCAUACAAUCUAUAAUUGGUGGGCAGCCUCUUUUGAUAGUUGGGGUUGCAGAACCGACCGUGAUUAUGUACUCUUAUCUAUACAAAUUCGCCCAUGGGCGGCCCGAUUUGGGCAAACAACUUUAUCUAGCUUGGGCAGGAUGGGUUUGUGUAUGGACUGCCCUCAUAUUGAUUCUUCUUUCGAUAUUCAAUGUUGCUGCGAUCAUCAAUCGGUUCACCAGGGUUGCUGGGGAGCUCUUUGGCAUGUUGAUCACAGUGCUUUUUAUCCAAGAGGCAAUCAAGGGAGCUGUGAGUGAGUUUGGAAUCCCCAAAGCUGAGGAUCCUCGUGAAGUGAAAUUCCAGUUCCAGUGGCGUUAUGUAAAUGGGUUGCUGGGGGUCUUAUUUACCUUUGGUCUUAUUUCAACGGCCUUAAAGAGCCGUAGGGCAAGAUCAUGGUGGUAUGGUACAGGCCGUAUGAGGAACCUCAUUGCAGAUUACGGAGUUCCUUUCAUGGUUGUGGUUUGGACUGCCAUAUCUUUUAGCGUCCCUAAAGGUGUUCCAGAGGGAGUUCCUCGAAGGCUCUAUAGUCCUCUUCCUUGGCAAUCUGAAUCCUUGUACCAUUGGACUGUUGUCAAGGAUAUGGCUAAGGUGCCUGUUGUAUACGUCUUUGCUGCGAUAAUUCCUGCUGUGAUGGUGGCGGGGCUCUAUUUUUUUGACCAUAGUGUUGCUUCACAACUAGCACAACAAAAGGAAUUUAAUCUGAGAAAACCUUCUGCUUACCACUAUGACAUCUUGGUGCUUGGUUUUAUGACAUUGCUUUGUGGAUUGAUUGGACUCCCUCCAUCAAAUGGCGUCCUUCCACAAUCUCCUAUGCAUACUAAGAGCCUUGCUACUCUCAAGAAGCAUCUGAUAGGGAAGAAGAUGGUGGAGUCUGCAAAACAAAAUAUAAAGAAUAAUGCUAGCAGUACUGAAAUAUAUGGCCAGAUGCAAGAUAUUUUCAUUGAAAUGGAUCAAAGCGCAGAUCCUCGUCAAGUUGCCAAAGAGCUUAGUGAUCUGAAACAGGCAGUCAUGAAGGGGGGCAAAAAAGAAGGAAAGGACAACAGUACAGCCAGUACUUUUAGACUCGAUCACAUCGAUGCUUAUUUGCCAGUUAGAGUCAAUGAGCAGAGAGUAAGCAACCUCUUACAGUCGGUCCUUGUAGCAGGCGCUGUAUUUGCUAUGCCCGUGAUCAAGUUGAUACCUACCUCGGUUCUUUGGGGAUACUUUGCAUAUAUGGCCAUUGACAGUCUUCCAGGAAGCCAGUUCUGGGAAAGAAUCCUCCUCCUUUUCAUCACACCAUCCAGACGAUACAAGAUUCUGGAUGAAGCUCAUGCUUCAUAUGUGGAAUCAGUGCCCUUCAAAAGCAUUGCUGCAUUCACACUAUUUCAGAUUGUGUAUUUGAUGAUGUGCUUUGGGAUUACUUGGAUACCGAUUGCUGGGAUUCUUUUCCCCUUGCCAUUCUUCUUUCUAAUAAUCAUACGGCAACAUAUUCUCCCAAAGAUGUUUCAUCCAAUCCAUCUGCAAGAAUUGGAUGCUGCUGAGUAUGAAGAGAUUGUUGCUACACCAAGGCGUAAUCUUAGCUUGUCUUUUAAGAGAGAAACUCCUGAAGAUGAACCGGUGGGAGAUGAUUGUGAGAUACUUGACGAACUGACAACCAGCAGAGGGGAGUUCAAGAUCAGAACCGUGAGCUUUAAAAACCCGCAGGUUCAUCCUUAAGAGAGAGCUCAUCCACAAUGAAGUACUACUAGUAUAGUAAGAGCGCAGGGAAGGUUGACAAUGAUGAUCAGAAGAUAUACCUUUUUGGAAGAAGAGGGGGACUGGCUUUGCAUCAGGAAACUGAAAACUUAGAAGAAACCAAAAACUAUACGAAACAUUUCAUUCUUUGUAGGAAUCAGUAAAAAUCUGUGCUAGGGCUUAGGAUGGCGAUAUCAUGUCAUUUUGUGAUUAACAUGCUUUCCAAAUUCUAUAGGAUUAGCCAAUGACAUCUUAGCGAAUUCGUUAAUAUUGAGGUUGUAGGUACAUUAGAUCCUAAGAUUGGAUCUCCCUUCACUAGUUCAUAUUUCAUUUAUUAUUGUAUUAUAUUAUCAAUUCCCUAACAAAAUCUUAAAUUUCCUCUA